AUGCACUGGGAGCAGGCCCAGCCUCUUUGGGAAAGGAAGAUGGCAGUCUCUGGUGCAGAGCUGCCGUUCUUGGCGGAAUUUCUACUAGGAAAGAAUCUAUCGUAGGCUCUGUUCUCUUGGCCAGUGUGUGUCUUGGUAGCUCUGGCUUGUCACACAGCCUCUGUGGCCUUGCAUAUUCACUGUGACCAUCUGCACACUGCUGCAUACCUCCAGGAGCUGGGGUGUAUGUAGAAGGUGGUGCUGAAGACCCCAGAUGAGAACACCCUAAAGAAGUAUUAGGCUGAGACCGUGCAACAGAGUAACAUUGACCUCAUGAUGUGGCUGGACUAGACAGAAAGUAUCGCCACUUGCAUUGCAUCCCAGCCCUAUCCCAAGGAAGAAGUGAGCCAGUGUUUGAGGAAGUUCUGAUUAUUCAAAUGA